CCCGUUUCUCAGAAGCAUGCUUCACAAAUACGGAUCGUGCUACGUGACUUACACGCUUAUCAGGCAAAAGUCUCUGAAGUUUCCUGUUAAGGGUGUUCUAAAGAAACUUUGAAGGUACUCGUAAAUAAUUUGACUGAAUGCCAGGCUAUAGGAACAAGAAAGAAAAUUAAGCAUGUAGAAGAAUUAUAUCCUUCUUUCACCUAGUCCCUGGAUAUUGCUGAAAUUUUGUCCUAAGAAGAAAUAAUGAUUUCAAGGAUUAGAACAAAGAUGGACAGAGAAGAAAAGUAUUGAGGAUCUCCAAGGAGUCAGAAACCAGUAUGAUAGAAAAUAUGAGAGCUUUCAGAAACUUUUUUCUUUACAAGUGUCUGUUUGCAUUAACUUUUUGGAACCAUGUCAGCCUGUCUGUGGAAAAUGAACUCUUUACAUCUAUAUCUAAUGGUUUUCCAAAAGAUAAUUCUGACAAAAACAUCAAGAGCCUGCCACUGCUGUAUACAAAUAGUCAUCAGUCCAAAGCUAAUUUUGACUGGGUUGUGAUACAAAAUACUACAGAGAGCCUGUCAUUGUCAGAAAUCACAAAUGACAAUGUAAAAAAGUUAUUAGCUUUAUUAUCUAAUUUCAGACAAGGCUCCAGGUUACAAAAUCUGACACUGACAAAUGUGUCAGUGGACUGGACUGCUCUUACUGCAAUUUUUCAGACUGUGUGGCACUCGUCCAUUGAAUACUUCAAUAUUAACAGCGUAACACAAUUGUCGAACAUCGAAAGCUAUAACUUUGACUAUUCAGGUACCUCUAUGAAAGCAUGGACGAUGAAGAAAGUUUUAAUCACAGAUCUGUACUUCUCACAGGAUCACCUAUACAAAAUAUUUGCAGACAUGAAUAUUGCAGCCUUGACAAUAGCUGAAUCAGAGAUGAUACAUAUGUUGUGUCCUUCGUCUGACAGUUCCUUUAGAUACUUAAAUUUUUUUAAGAAUGAUUUAACAGAUCUUCUUUUUCAAAACUGUGACAAAUUAAUUCAACUGGAGACAUUAAUCUUGCAGAGGAAUAAAUUUGAGA